CUUUACCAAGAGUUCUGGACAGGAGUCCAAGCUCUAUAUAACAGCAGACAUGGCUAUCCAACAAAGUGCUGCAGAUGCAAAGAGCCAGCUCCUCUUCCUGCCUCCUCUUCACUUCAGCAGCGGAGACAGCAUAACAUCACAUACGCAGUGCUGGAAAAGAAAGCCACUGGGACCUGAGGAGGGGAUGAAUGCUAAUUAACAGACACAGCAUGUUUGUGGUAGGUUCUGGAAAUGGCUUAAACGACACAGAUUUUGAAAAUUGGUCCCGCUCAGGAUUUAUACUUAUAAUGGGAUCAGGUGUUUCCAUUUCAGGAUGUCAAUCUAUAACUGCCGUUAAAGUUAUAAACAGCACCAAUAAGAUUUCUCCGAAACAAAUGCAACAGAAGAAGUCUGAAAAUGCAGCAUUUGGUGUUUCACUUUCACAAGAUAAAUUACUAGAGAAUGGUGAUGUUCCUUUGGUGAUUAAAGAGGCUGUGGAGUAUCUCUCCACUUAUGGUCUGGAGCACAAAGGCCUAUUUAGAAUUACUGGCUCACAGAAGAAAGUAUUGGCUUUGAAAGCAAUGUACGAUGAGGGGGAGAAGGUGGAUCUAAGCCAAGAAGGUGAUAUAGAUAGUGUGGCCAGUCUUCUUAAACUGUUCCUAAAGGAGCUCCCAGAGGGUGUAAUCCCAGAAACUAUACAACCUGCCUUCAUCUCUGUCUACAAAGAGUUCAGCUCACAUAUGGAUAAAUGCACUGAGGAGCUGAAACAUCUAAUUGAAGAUCUGAACAGUUCCCAUUUUAUUGUUCUCCACUAUCUAUGCAAUUUCUUCAUUAAGGUGGCUUCUUACAGUGAUACAAACAACAUGACCCUGGAAAAUAUCUCUAUUGUUCUUGGACCAAGCUUUUUCAGGGUCCCAUUCAAUGGUAACGUUCAAGCAGAGCAAGCUGUGUGCAAUGCGCUUUUACUGUAUAUAAUGAAGAACCUUUACGUGUUAACUGCAGAUCGAUUACAGCGAGAAAACAUCCAGCAGGGAGAACUACUAUUCACAAGAAGCUGCAAUAAAAUCAACAUUUCUGAAGAUAACGUUAGAAAUCUGAAUCCAUUAUCAACCACAUCAGACAUGGCACUCUGGAGCGAAUGUGAAACCCCCUCCCUUCAUGAGGACCAAACUGUCUGUUCCAGCCUCAGCAGAGAUGACAAUAACAAAGAAAACUACCCUCACAGAGCUCCAGAACUGGAGGAAAAUGCCUCAUCUUCCCGGGACCUCCAGCAUCACAUGGACAAGAAGCUGUUCGAUGGUUCCAGCAGACAUGGGAUUGGGAUCUUACACUCUAAGCAGCCGAGGUCCGGUGUCAGAUCAGAUGGUGGAAAGAUCCACGAAGGAAAUCAAGAAAUUGAGACUGUAAGUCAAUGCCUUUCUGAAAUCUGGACUAUAAAAGGAGUGACGUCUUACGACCACAGUACUCAUGUAUCCCUGAGAGGAGCCACUGAUUUUCAGCCAAGAAACAGUCCUAUAAUGUGGAUUCAAACAAAAGAUAUUUCUGAGCAGUUACAGCAUACAAGUGAGAAUUCUUUCCUGAAGCUACAGGCCCUGGAAACUGAUCUGUGUUCUGCUUUUCUGCCAACCCAGGAGGAGGUGGUGCAGUCUUAUGGCUGCAAGGAGACGACCAGCUGCCUUGUCCAAAAUGUGCCAAGUGAGGCAGUCAGCCAUGCAGAUCCUACGUCAGCACAUCGAGAGUCUCAGAAUGAAACAGAUCAUGGAGCGGAUGAUACUCGCAGCUUUGGAACCAGCCGGCUGCUGUUCCACAUUACUGAUGGCGAUAACCCAUUGCUCUCCCCACGCUGCUCUAUCUUCAGUCAAAGUCAAAGAUUCAACUUGGAUCCAGAGUCUGCACCAUCCCCUCCCAGCACUCAGCAGUUCAUGAUGCCAAGGAGCUCAUCAAGAGGGAACUGUGAAGAUCCCAAGGAACCCUUGACGGUCAUACAACUUACCAAACAAAUACAGAACCUCAAGAAGAAGAUCAGGAAAUUUGAAGAUAAAUUUGAGCAGGAGAGAAAUUAUCGUCCAUCUCACAGCGAUAAGACGUCUAAUCUUGAAUGCCUGAAAUGGAUGAAUGACUUGGCAAAGGCUCGCAAACAGCUGAAAGAGUUGAAACUGAAAAUGUCUGAAGAUCAAAACGUGCCAAGAGCCACGCAGAGUAAAAUGUAUGAAGAAACACCAGUGGCUUCUAUUGUAGUGGAGCAACAUGGGGCCACCAGCUCAGCAAUGUCAUCUGUGGAGGAAACAGUGGAAACUGUAUGGAAAAGGCUAAAGGAGAAGAGGCAGCUGCUCAAUCUUCCUGAAAACAUAAAGGAUAUGACAAAAAAGCAAAUGCAUCUGGAAAAAAUGAGUCUCCAAAAAUGCCUUCUGUAUUUUGAAAAUAUUCAUGGACGGCCAGUUACAAAACAAGAGAGAAGUCUCAUGAAACCUCUGUAUGACAGAUAUCGGAUUUUAAAGCAGCUGCUGUCUACUGCAUCCCUGAUUCCAACAAUACAUGAAGAAGAGGAUUCCGACGAUGACAGUGCCCAGAACUCGUCCAGUGAAUUUGUGUUGACGGAAGAACACGAUCUAGCUGCUGCUGAGCAUCUUGUGUACUAUAGUGAGGAUCUAGAGCCGGCAUACGUCUCCCCUCUGGAUGAGAAACGACCGUCACGGCAACCAGCUCUGUCCAUGUCUAAUCUCCAUGAGGCGUCAAUGCCUGAGCUUCUGGAUCACCUUCGAGAAACCAGAGCAGACAAGAAAAGAUUACGAAAAGCAUUAAGAGAAUUUGAAGAGCACUUUUUACGACAAACCGGAAGGAGUGCCCAGAAAGAAGACAAAAUACCGAUGGCGGAAGAGUACUGUGAAUACAAGCAGAUAAAAGCUAAGCUUCGGCUACUGGAGGUUCUGAUCAGCAAGCAAGAUGUAUCUAAAACGAUUUAGAGCUUGUGAAUAUACCACUGCGAUAUUCAAGAAGAAUAACUACUUGUAUUUCUGCACACUCAUGUAUAACACUGAAAUUCUGAUGCACUUUAAUAGUUACAUAAAGUACUACCUGGUAGGGAAAACUGUAGCAAAAAUCACAAAAAGGGAUGCAACGGUGUCUGUCUGUGAGAAUACAGAAACCAACCAAUUCUUGGUGCGAGUAUUGGGUCAGCAGUGGAAUGGCCAAAUGUCAACAUCCCUAUCUAUAACAAAAUAAUGGCCCUCAUUCCGAGUUGUUUGCUCGCAAGCUGCUUUUAGCAGCUUUACACACGCUAAGCCGCCGCCUACUGGGAGUGAAUCUUAGCUUCUUAAAAUUGCGAACGAAAGAUUCUCAAAAUUGCGAUUACACACCUCUUAGCAGUUUCUGAGUAGCUUCAAACUUACUCGGCAUCUGCGAUCAGUUCAGUGCUUGUCGUUCCUGGUUUGACGUCACAAACACACCCAGCGUUCGCCCAGACACUCCUCCGUUUCUCCAGCCACUCCCGCGUUUUUCCCAGAAACGGUAGCGUUUUUUCACACACUCCCAUAAAACGGCCAGUUUCCGCCCAGAAACACCCACUUCCUGUCAAUCACACUACGAUCACCAGAACGAAGAAAAACCCGUGAGUAAAAUUCCUAACUGCAUAGCAAAUUUACUUGGCGCAGUCGCACUGCGGACAUUGCGCAUGCGCACUAAGCGGAAAAUCGCUGCGAUGCGAAAAAAUUAACCGAGCGAACAACUCGGAAUGAGGGCCCAUAUAUACCCUCCUGGAGGGCAUUUACAGUGGCAAUUUAAUGGCUCUGAUUUAAUCAGGCUUUUUUAAAUUGUGUUUCAGUUUUUAUUUCCUCUUUGCCAAAUUUACUAGUACAUAAAGUAUAGUUUUUAGAGAUUCAAGUAGAUUCCCAAAAACUAACUUUGUAUGGUCUGCUUCAUUGUCAAGAGUGCCUUUGAUAAGUUGCAGGUGUAACAUAUAUAGCCGAGAUCAGUUAGUAGUGUACAGUAAAUUAAAUAGAAUAUUUUAGAUUCCAGAAAAUAAUCUAUUUAUUCCAUGUACAAGCUGUAUAUAUUUAUUCUUUCGUUACCUAUUUUUAAUACGGAGCUGUGGUUUUAUCCCAUCUGUUCAUGUGUUUCAGUGAGAAAACCAUAUGUACUCAUCUACAACCAAAGGCCAACAAUGUAAGCAACACGAUUGCACUUUCUGAAAUUUGCAUUGUAAUCUACGACCUGAGAUAUAAGCUAAAUUCCUUAUAUAUGGAAACACAUGUGGCCCCAUCAUGGUGUUCCUUAUGGAAUUAGGGGGCUCAGUGUCAAGACGUUUCAUAUCUAGUUUAUUAUAUUGUAAGAGCAAAAGUAUAUUGCAAAAUAUUUAUUUAUUUUUGAACAUCUUUGUAAAGUGAAAGCAGCAUUGCAUGUGUAAUAAUGUAUAAAUGAAGCCAUGUAAAUAAGUAGAUACUUCCCUUAUGCAAUAUCCAAUGACAAACACAGGUUCUGUGUAUCCAGACAAAAUUUAUAUUAACAAAAAAGUUCCAUUGAUUUAUUUAAUUGAAGCAUCCACAGAACCCGUCAUCUUAAAAAUACUAUUCACCUUAAAUGCAGCCUUAAAUUAUUAAGUACUUUAAAUAGAACUAGAAAAAGAUGAAUGUUCUAUAUUUUUAUGUACCUUAUGUUCUCCUUAAAAGAAAUGUAUAUUAGAGUGUGUACGACUUUUCUUCUAGCUCUGUUUACAUUGGUUUCCCUUGCAAAGUAUUUGAUCUGCAGGGUAUGUCAGAACCACACCGUUUUCUUAGUGUGUACUUCAUAAUGCGUAUAUAUAAUGCAGAUAUACAUAUGUGUGUUUCAAUAGUGUUUGCCUUUUAUGAGAGGGAGAGAGAAUACACAACGCAUACAGAGGUAAUCAUUCUUCGGAGGAAUAUUGUUUGGUUCUAACAGAAAAGAUAUUGCUUCCCAAAACUAUUUAUUGAGUCGUGUGUUUUUUUUUUUUUUAAUAGCCAUAUAUUGAAUUAAAAACAUGUUAAUAGUUGUACAUGGAAAAUUAAAUUAGAUUCCCUUUAAAACGAACCCUUUGGAGAAUGUUGAAAUAUGCAAGGCUGCCUUAAUAAAUCUUCUCAUUUUUGAUUAUAUGUAAAUAUAUCGGAGGGACGUCUUAGUUCUCCAUAUAGACAGAGCUAUGGAAUUGAUGAAUGCUGCUAAUCACACUUGUAUCACACAGACACCCUCACGAAAAAACACUGGAGAUGCGUUUUGUUUCUUAUUUGUAUGCUAUUGUGUUUAGCAUUUGUAAUUUUUUUUAAAUAUUCCUUCUAAAAGAAAAGGCUUUCUACUUUUCUUGUAUCAAAAAUGCAUGAUUUUAAAAACGAACAUUUUAAAAUUGUUUAUUGGGAGUGAAAAGAAAAACCCAUUUGCAAGUGAAAUAAUUUUCAUGACCUAUUGUGGUGGUUUCAUUAUAUUUGAUUUUUUUUUUUAAAACACUAUGAAUCAGAAUGACUUCAGUUCUGUUUUUAAUUAAAAUCUUUGAAGCAAGAGUAACAGGAACGUAUACACGACUUGAUGACGUUUACAGUCUACAUCUUUGAUAAGGGAAAAAUGGUUUGACAUGUAUACAGUUGCUAAUAAAAUGUGCUCUAUAUAUUCUAUAUGAUUUGUAAAUAUUUUAUACAACGGUACAAAUAAAAUAUUUUUCUAUCAUA